AUGGUUGUUUCACCGCAAAGCCCCGCUAGCGAAGCCCCAAGCGUGCAAGGGUCUAAAACUAAUAUGGCGUCUAAACAAAGUUCAGUAGCUGACACAAGAGCUGAACUAGCAGAACUGGUAAAAAGGAAAGCUGAAGUUGCUGAAACAUUGGCCAACUUAGAACGCCAAAUUUACGCAUUCGAGGGAUCGUACUUGGAAGACACACAAUUAUAUGGUAAUAUAAUUCGUGGUUGGGACCGUUAUCUUACAACUAACAAAAGUACAAACUCAAAAGCUGAUAAACGUAAUAGAAAGUUUAAAGAAGCUGAACGUUUAUUUUCGAAGUCCUCUAUAACAUCAAUGGCAGCAGUUAGUGGACUAGUUGAUCCAGCAGAAGCUAAAAAUGAAAGGAAUAGUGAAACAGAAUCCCAGACAAAUGAAGACUCAUCUGAUACACAAUUAAGUGGUUUAAACAUAGGAAAUUUAAAUCAUACAACAAUACAUGGCUCAACAGAGAGCAUAUCAUCUAAGCCAUCAGGAAAGCAACACACCAAUGGAGCAAUUGAAAAGGGAAUGAGUCAUACAAAGCAAAGUGCAACACAAAAAAUUGCAGCAGCUUCAGGAAUGCUACAAAAAUCAUUUAACAGUGAAAGCAAAAUGUUAUCUGCUGUGGGAUUAGACAGUAGACCUGGGACACCAAAGGAUAAAGAUUCUAGCUUAGGCAUCAACAAAGGGGACUCAACACCAAAUUCAAUGAAACAUAAACUGACUAAUAGUAACAGUAGUAAUGUGAAGAAAAAUAACAAUAAAAAAGCAAGACAUAGA